GUAUGUCUAUAGUAAAUACCAGUCGCACUUUGGCGAACGGAAGCUGCUUCUGCGGUUAAGUACGCGCACUUGACACGACCGACUUACUAUCAGUCACUUACACUAUUUCUUUCCAGACCGUUUUUGAACAGCCACAUUACAAAGAGUCUUUAGGGACCUAAUGAGAGAGGCGUACUGCGACCCGUACCUGGCCUGCUUUCUCGGCCCAGACCAGCGUCACAGUAGUAAAUGCUAUAAAAGGCCUAAAUUAGGCUGAACUCAUUCACAUAGGAAAACUUCAUCAGUUUGGCUGUGCUAAAAAAAGACCUUCGUGGAAGUUAUUGCAGACUGAAAGUAAAGCACCCUGUUAAAAACGCACCGCAGAAGUAGGCUACGCUCCUCAUCAUGACAGCGAUAGCGCAACUUGUCUCGUUCAUAGGGGGUUUGAACCCCGUGCACGUCUUACUCUGUGCCGUAAUUUUCUUAGUCUCUCUGUGGUGGUACCGAGGUUCCAAGGACCUACCCCCAGGCCCAUGGGGUGUACCGGUCCUGGGGCUGCUUCCUCGGGUCUUCCUGGAGCUGCGUCGUGGAUCGCACCCCCAUCUCCUCUUCGCGGAGUACGCCAAGCGCUACGGACCCGUCUUCCGUGCCAGGGUGGUCAACAAGAUGCUGGUGGUUCUCAACGAUCACGAAUCGGUCAAGCAGGCUUUCCUGAACCCUAACCUGAGCGAUCGGCCGCCAAACACGCUGAUUGCUGAGGCAAUGAAAAGUGAAGGCGUUGCCAUGGCUUCAGGAGAACCUUGGAAGGACCUCCGUCGAUUCUCCCUGACCGUCUUGAGAAGCCUCGGCGUCGGCAAGUCCAGCUUUGAGGAGCAGAUCGGCCAGGAGGCCAAAGCCUUGGUGGAGGAGAUGACGAGCUACGACGGCAAACCCUUCGACCCCAAGUACCUCUUUGGUAACGCCGUAGGCAACGUGAUCUGCUCGGCGGUGUUAGGCAAGCGUUACGAGUACUCCGACGAAGAGUUCACCCACCUGAUGCAUGUCAUCCACAAGAUCGUCAACUACAUCGGGUCCGGGGGACUCUUAAACGCCGUGCCCGUCAUGCGCGUGUUUCAACGGAAUAAGACCGACGUCUACGCGAGCUUCGGUGAGUUCCGGAGCUUCCUGCUCUCCGUCAUUGCCUCUCACCAAUCUGAGAUGGAUCCGGAGAAUCCGCGAGAUUUCAUCGAUGUCUUUCUGAAUGAAAUCGAUACCAACGAGAAGGCGGCCUCUAACGGUUCGGUCAAGGCAAACGGAUCCGUCCGUACUAACGGGUUCACACCAGGCAAGGCAAACCCACCGAAUGGUCUCCCGCCGACGCGACACCCGUACCUCACUAACAAGAACAUUGUGGGCACCAUCGCCAAUCUCUUCGCGGCUGGUAUGGAGACUACUGCCACCACCUUGCACUGGGCCCUCCUGUACAUGGCUGUCUACCCCGAGAUCCAGCAGCGAGUCCAGGCCGAGAUCGACGCCGUGGUCGGUCGCAACCGGCUGCCCAGGAUGGCCGACAAACAGGAACUGAACUUCACCCAGGCCGUUAUGCUGGAGGUACAGCGGAUCGCUGUGGUGACGCCGUUCGGUUUUCCGCACGCGGCGGCAGCAGACACCGAGCUAAUGGGAUUCAGGAUUCCCAAGGGAAGCUUGCUGGUCUCCAACUUCUGGGCACUCUUCCGAGACCCCAAGGUGUGGCCGGAACCGGACAAGUUUAAACCGGAGAGGUUUCUGGACAAAGAUGGUCUUGCAUUCAAGCCUGAGGAGCUUAUCCCAUUCAGUACAGGGCGACGCAGUUGCAUCGGUGAGCACCUGGCUAAGAUGGAGUUGUUUGUCUUCUUCAGCUUCUUUCUGCAUCAGUUCACCUUCAAGAAACCAGACGACGCCCCUCCGUACACGUUUGAGUCACGGGUGGGCCUGACGCGCUAUCCGGUACAAUACCAGAUCUGUGCUAUCCAACGGAAUUAAACAUUGGAGAUUUGAGUUUAAUUUGAUUCUUAUAAGUUGGAUGACAUACCGCAGCAGGGUCAUAAUAUUGGUCGAUGUUCUCCAUUAUACUGUUCGAGAUUUAUUAUCGUAGACGCUGUCCGGGGAACAUACGAGAAAAACAAGAUCCGAUGCUAAACUACAUAACAAACAACCCAUCAACCCAAUAAAAUUAAAGUUUAAACAGUACAGAUUUUACUAACGUCUCAUUGCAUGUAUAGGCUGCAGAAAAAAAAUCCAAGAUGGUAUGGGGAUGAUCACUAUGCAGAUUCGAAACUAAAAGUCGGAAUUUGAACUACGCAACUUUGCUAAGCCAAGCCUGCUAAAACUGGCUGCCAGCUGAAAUGCCGUGUAAUAUACGUGCUACCUGUGGCUAUAGUAGCUGACUGAUCUUUACUCAUACAGCUAUUAGAACGUAAAUUUGCCGGGCAACAUUUUCGGCUGAGUAUCACUCUUAUUAAAAGUCCCGGGUCCGAAUUGACUCGGAAUCUGGGUCCUUUUCGGGUCACAAUGACACUUCCCCGGGUCAAAAUGACACUUUUCCUGGUCAAAUGACACUUUUCCGGGCCAAAAUGACACUUUUCCGGUU